AGUUUGGAAAGAUGGGCAAGGCAGGAGGGGAAGCGGGAGAACUUCCCUCGGCCGGAGUUCCGGGGCGGAGAGCGGCUGCCUCCCCUCUGGAGGUCUGGGCUUGAGUGGCAGGCCUCCGUCGGGGCCCCUCCCCGCUGGCUGCAGACGGGCCUCGAGGGGAGGGGGCAGGGCAGGGCCAGGCGCGCGGUGGCCCCGCGGGGAGGAGGAGGGAGAGGGCCUCUGCGGGGCUAGCUUCUGCCGGCGCCAUGAGCCCCUCCUCGGAGGCCGCCCGCCUGCUGGAGGCCGCCGACUUCGCCGCCCGCAAGCACAAGGAGCAGCGGCGCAAGGACCCGGAGGGCACCCCCUACAUCAACCACCCCAUCGGUGUGGCCUGCAUCCUGGCCCAGGAAGGCGGAGUCACCGACGUGGCGGUGCUGCAGGCGGCGCUGCUGCACGACACGCUGGAGGACACCGACACCUCCCCGGCCGAGCUGGAGGAGCGCUUCGGGGCGGAGGUGCGGCGCCUGGUGCAGGAGGUGACCGACGACAAGGCCUUGCCCAAGGCCCAGCGCAAGCGCCUGCAGGUGCAACGGGCCGCCAGCAAAAGCCCCUCCGCCCGGCUGGUCGCUCUGGCCGACAAGCUCCACAACCUGCGCGACCUCCAGCGCUGCACCCCCGCAGGUUGGUCAGAGGAGCGGGUCCAGGAGUACUUCCUUUGGGCCUUGGAGGUGGUGAAGGGCUUGAGAGGGACCAACGCGGUGCUGGAAGAGAAGCUGCAGCAGCUGUUCCAAGCAAGAGGCCUCCUCCUGGUGUGACCUGCCCCCCCCUCAUCCCCACCUGGGAGACCACUGACUCAGCUUGACUCCUGGAUGGGAAAUGUUCUGUUGCCCCCGGACCUCUGGCCCCAAGUGACGUACCCCCAGUGUGAUUGAGAGAGCUCAUUAUUAUCACAGUCGCUAGAACAGCCAUAUACAUGCAGUUGAAAUUAAAAAAUUGUAUACAAAAUACAAGACAUGCAAAAUAAAAAGUAAAACACUGGAA